UGUCCACUGAUUCACUCCCCAAGUGGCGGCAACAAUUGGAACUAAACAAAUGCCAAGCCAGAAGCCUGGAGCCUCUUUGGGGCUUCUCACACGGGUGCAGGGUCCCAAGGCUUUGGACUGUCCUCGACUGUCUUCCCAGGAUACAGGCAGGGAGUUGGAUGGUAAGUGGGGCCGACUGGAUUAGAACCAGCGCCCAUAUGGGAUCCUGGCCCGUUCAAGGCGAGGGCUUUAGCCACUAUUCUACCGCGCCGGGCCCAAAGGCUUCUGUCUUAAAUAUUAUGAAACCUUCUGCUAACACCAUCUUGAGUGCCGUAUUUUGCACUCAGGACACCAGUACAGAGAAGCUCACUUACCUUUUACCCUAAAAGGCUGACGACAGGGGCCGCUCCUGAGUGAACCGAGUCCCUUCAGGGUGAGACCCUGAGGAUGGUGGGACUUGUAGUUUUCUUUGCAUCACCUCAGCGGCGCGGACUACACUUCCCAGAAUGCCAGUAGAGGAGGUGGUCUAGUAGCUCGGCGUCAAGUGUCCCCUUGGAGCUGCUAAAGGUGAGUUGUCCGCAGGUUCCUGCAAGUUGUGCAUAAUUUGUAAGCGGUUCCAUUUCUCCUCCUUCCUCUCGGCGCGACUUGGGGAAGAGCCGCCGUUCCUGCUCGGCGUGUUUUCAGCGGGGGUUUUCUUGGCCGUGGGUCCCACGACGCCGGAUGGUGCCUUGAGGUGCCCCUCGUUGUCGCCUCGGAGGGUCAGGCGGCCACCACGGAGGAAGAAUGCGGGUGAGCUGUGGGUUGACCAUCAUCCGGUCAGGCAAAGGCCUUUGGGUCACCAACGUCAACCGGCCAUGUUCGCAUGUAUCUGCUGAGUUGUUUGUGCCUCCAAGUCCUCCUGUGGAUCCUGCGCAGGUCAGAGAGUUACAGCGCUUCAUCAGCCUUUCCAAGAAAGUCCUUGUAAUGACCGGGGCAGGUAUCUCCACGGAGUCGGGGAUUCCAGACUAUCGGUCCGACAAGGUGGGACUCUAUGCACGCACCGACCGGAGGCCCAUCCAGCACAUUGACUUUGUACGCAGUGCUCCGGUCCGCCAGCGGUACUGGGCCAGAAACUUUGUGGGCUGGCCUCAGUUUUCCUCCCACCAGCCAAACCCUGCACACUGGGCUUUGAGCAACUGGGAGAAGCUCGGCAAGCUGCACUGGUUGGUGACCCAGAAUGUGGAUGCCUUGCACACCAAGGCAGGGAGUCAGCGGCUGACAGAGCUCCACGGAUGCAUGCACAGGGUCCUGUGCUUGGAUUGUGGUGAGCAGACUCCCCGGGGGCUGCUGCAGGAGCGCUUCAAAGCCCUGAACUCCCAAUGGAGUGCUGAGGCCCACGGUCUGGCUCCUGAUGGUGACGUCUUUCUCUCCGAGGAGCAGGUGCAGAGCUUCCUUGUCCCUACCUGCAUCCGAUGUGGAGGCCCUCUGAAACCAGAUGUUGUUUUCUUUGGGGACACUGUAAACCCUGACAAAGUUGAUUUUGUGCACAGGCGUGUAAAAGAAGCUGAUGCCCUCUUGGUGGUGGGCUCAUCCUUGCAGGUGUACUCUGGUUAUAGGUUUAUCCUCACGGCUCGGGACAAGAAGCUACCAAUCGCAAUACUGAACAUUGGGCCCACACGGUCAGAUGACUUGGCAUGUCUAAAGCUGAAUGCUCGCUGUGGACAAUUGCUGCCUUUAAUAGACCCGCACUGAGUGCAGCCCGAUGUUCCUGAUCCACAACAAGACCUUUCAACUCAAAUCUGCUGCUAAAGAUCCCUACAUACUUAUCCCCUUUAGGAAUGAAGCUCCCUGAGGCUGUGAGGGCAGCACACCAACGCCUCCCUGCCAGCCCACCCUGCGCGAGGCAGGUUUCAAGCCAAGAGGUCAUCUGCAGGCUGAGAUCCGCCUCCCAAGACCACUUCAGAGAAGCAGCUGCUCCUCGUGGGGCAAAUGCAGUCAUGUCCUUGUUACAUUGCCUGGCAGAAGACACGGACUGGGAAAUGAGCAGGCCACACUGGUCUCUGGAGUGCUAACCCAGGGGAGUUGACUUAAUUUAUAAUUCCAAAUGGCUAAGUGGGUUUAACUGAACCACUUUGAUUUUUUUUCUUUCAAAAGAUGAGCAGUGGUAUGAAACAGUGCUUUAUUAACCAAGGAAUAAAGGAAUCAUUUUAAAAUAACA